GUGGAGGCGGAGCCUCGCAGCCGCCGCGCAAACCCUCCCCUUGCUUUCCGACGGCAUUUCCCAUGGCUGCCUCUGCUGCUCCUCAGUGUUUGGGCCCGAGUGCCCGGGCCUCCAGCACCCACCGGAAGGCUGCAGGCACUAAACAGACAAGGGUCCUCAAGCCAGAAGAGGCUUCCAGAAGGUAGACUACGUGGACAACUGCAUUUCACUCUCUUUUUAUCUCAUUAAUCGAAUCAGAUGUUUUUGGUCCUGAUGUUUUAUUUUCUGGUCUUGGGAAUUGAGCUUCCUUCAGGCUUCAUACGUGCUUAAAAAGCAUUCUGUACUGUGCUGUGUUCGCCCGAACAGUUAAAAACGAUCAUGGAUACCUGUUUUGGAGAACAUCUUACGAGAAGACUUAGGAAGCACUAUUCAUUCUCACAAGUGUUACAUCCUCCAGCUUUAAGAAAGCAAACUGGAGGCUCGGACUGCAGGGAACGCCGUUCCUGAAUUAACCAAGUAGUCCUUUCCCUUCUCUUCAGGCGAGCGGAACUCGAAGCCGCAGUGCAGAGGAAAGUGGAGUGUGAGAGGAAGGCUGUGCGCAUCGUCGAGCAACUUCUGGAAGAAAACAUCACAGAGGAAUUCCUAAAGGAGUGUGGAAUGUUUAUCACACCAGCUCACUACAGCGAUGUCGUGGACGAGAGGGCCAUUAUCAAACUCUGUGGCUAUCCUUUAUGUCAGAAGAAGUUAGGAGCCAUACCGAAACAGAAAUAUAAAAUUUCUACUAAAACCAAUAAAGUCUACGAUAUUACUGAAAGAAAGUCUUUCUGCAGCAAUUUUUGUUACAGAGCAUCUAAGUUUUUUGAAACACAAAUUCCGAAAACUCCAGUAUGGGUUCGAGAGGAAGAGAGGCCCCCCGACUUCCAGCUGCUGAAGGAAGGACAAAGUGGCCGCUCUGGAGAAGUCGUCCAGUUCUUCAGUGAUGCCGUCACAGCAGCGGACAUUGAUGGUCCUGGUGCCCGUGAGGCCCAGAGUGAAGCCACAGCUCCCAGCGCUUGGUGUGAUCACACCACAGACGAUGAGCAAGACUUCGUCUCUUCGCUUCUCCCCGGACACGGACCAAGGGCAGCCAACACGAGGCCGCAGCCGCACAGAGACAGCAGCAUAAGGAAGAAGAAAGCUGGUCAGAAAGUGGCCUCCAGGCACAGAGAGCAGGCAGUGGCCGAUGUCACUGAGCAGCUGGGUAACUGCAGAUUGGGUGGUCAGGAGAAAAUGGCUGCCCGUGAGCUUCCUUCCGAGAGAGAAAAUACGCAGGUUUCCUCACCUGGCCCGUCAGCUUCUGACAGCAGACGCACUGUGUCAGAAGUCACUCUGGUAGGGAUAAGCAAGGAGAGUGCUGAGCAUUUCAGGGUCAAAUUUGCCAAGUCUAACCAAGGGUCUGGGUCAGCCUCUGGCCCAGGGCAGGGUCCUGAGGUCGCAAAGACAAGCUUACUUCGAGUUCUGAAGGAAACCUUGACUGAGUGGAAGACCGAAGAAACGUUGAAGUUUUUGUAUGGCCCAGAUCUUGCCUCCGUGUGCCUGAAACCGCCUUCAGCCCCCGUAGCCGAUGAAGAACUCGAUGAAGAUGACCUAAGUUGUGACCCUGCUAGUUGUGGUCCUGCCUUGAGCCAACCCCAGAACAACUUAGACAAGACACUACCCUUUAGAGGCUCAGACACGGCCACGAAGCCACUGCCAAGUUACGAGAGCUUGAAAAAAGAAACAGAAAUGCUGAAUCUGAGGGUCAGGGAGUUCUACAGAGGACGCUAUGUUUUAAAUGAGGAAACUACCAAGUCGCAGGACCCAGGAGAGAAUGGGUUUCAGCGAGAUACCAGCUUCCCACUGAUUGAUUCAAGCUCCCAGAACCAGAUUAGAAGACGGAUUGUUCUUGAAAAAUUGAGCAAAGUAUUGCCUGGACUUUUGGGUCCUCUUCAGAUUACAAUAGGCGAUAUUUACUCGGAACUUAAAAGCCUUGUUCAGACUUUCAGAUUAUCAAACCGAAACAUUAUCCACAAGCCCGUGGAAUGGACUUUGAUCGCUGUGGUGUUGCUGACAUUAUUGACGCCGAUUCUUGGCAUUCAGAAGCAUUCUCCGAAAAAUGUGGUAUUUACACAGUUUAUAGCCACCCUGCUGACAGAACUGCAUUUAAAAUGUGAAGAUCUUGAAAAUUUAACCACUGUAUUUAGAGCCAGCUGCUAAGAAACAUGAUAUAAUUCAAGAAGACAGAAGAUGAAUUCUACUCAACAUACCUGGAAUUUUAGCCACUGAGGGGCCAUGAGUGACUGCUGACUAAGUGUAUAACUCCCUCAGUGACCCCAGCAGGAAGAAGCAAGCCCUUACUACCAGAACUUCAAAACACAGGAUCUUUACUUGAAAAGGAAAAAAUAAAUUGAAACUUGAAUGAAUAUUCAAGAAAAUGCAAUUACCUUUAUCUUCUUAUGGUUGAUUACAGCAAGAAAAUUUUAGUUUUGGCUGGUUAUAAAUUCUAUCAUACAGAU